AUGCUAAGAUUAAGCAAAUAUCUGUACACCGAAAUAUGUCGAUUGAAAUUGCUGAACGCAACUACAGAUCCCAAGUUUGUACUGGAGAAAUCACCAUUUGAUGACGAAGAUGAAAUAGAAGCACCUGUUCUCUCGAACCAAAAAGAAAUGGUAGUUAUUGGACGAAUAUUUCCAGAGUCAGAAAUAUAUAGAGAAGGUGCAUUUAGAAUUGAAAUAAGACUACCACCGCGGUUUCCAUUUGAUGCACCGGAAGUAAGGUUUCUUACUCCAAUUUAUCAUCCAAAUGUUUCAGUGGAUGGCAAGAAUAAUUUAGAAAAAAAUAAAAUUGAUAUUUGUGUUUUUUCUUUAGGUAGAUUUUGUCCUGCAAUAUUAGAAAAACAUGGCACAUUGGGAUAUACAACAAUUUUAGUUCAUGUUAUUAGACACGUUGUACGACAUAUCGACAAGCCUGACAUUCUUUUUGCUGCAUCUAUUCAACUCGCUCGUGAAUAUAUGGGCCAUAGUUCUGAAUUUGAUCGUAAAGCACUGGAAUAUGUCAAAGAACACGCUUUGCCACGUAUUCCCACAGAUGCCUUUAACUUUGGUGAACUGCCUAAGAAGGCCACCUUUCUUUUCGUAAGUAGCGAAUUUGCCGCCACUAUGAAAAACAAACCUGAACAAGUUGAAACAGUUUUUAUUCUGGAGUAUGAUAAAAAUAAAGUUGAUAAUCGAGAACGAUUUGCUACUGAUGAAGAUAUAAUUUGUCAAUUGGCUGAUGAAAUAUAUCGAUGUUAUGAAAAAGAAGCAAGAGAAUAUUCAGAAUAUGGUGAUCCAUCAAUAGCGAAAAUAAAAGAAGAACAAGCCAAUCGAAUUCAUAUCGAAUUGAAGAAAAUACAUCAAAGGCUUUUUGCUCGUAAUAUUACCACCGACACAACGAUUUGUACAAUAACAACACUCGUCUGGCUCAAAUCAAAAUUACAAGAUGAUAUUGAAGUGGAAAAAGUAAAAAACCUGUUUUCCAAAGGCGUUUCAUCUUUUUUAGUGUUUGACAGUCUGUUUGACUGUCAUAAAGAUUUGCUCGAACAUGAAGUCGUUGGUAACAUAUUUCUUAUUAUUGAUGCUGAUUAUGAGGAAUCAGUUGUCGUUGAUUUUCAACAACUUCCAAAUGUCAAAGUUGUCGGUCGUUAUGGGCAAUCAUCAUUAGAAAAUGAAGCCAUUAUCGAUAAUUAUGAUGAUCUUUGUUCUCGAUUAACACACGAUCUUAUUGCUCAUUAUAACAGAUUAGGUACCGAGUGUAGUAAAACGCAUGAUGCAAAAACAGCUAAAGACAUGUUCAUGAAAGCACAUAAACUUUGUAAUAUUGAUUCUGAAUUUUAA